CUUGCAUCGCUGCUGUUUGGUUCGUCGUUGGUUCGUGAGGCUGCUGGAAUAUUGUUUACUGAAGAUCGGUGUCCGGCAGAGUUGUACUUUGUUUAUUUGAAAUUCGAAUUGGUCUCUGCCAAAUACAUACACACACUAUGCGUAGUGCGCGUCUUUGGAAUCUUAAGCGAGUCUCGCUGUUGUUUAGCGCUGUCCUCGUGCUGUACGUCUUUGUUUUCUCCGGUGGCUAUCAGAAAUAUCAAAUAGACGGCGUUAUCGGCAAUACGGGACCGGAAAGGGUUUGGGAAUAUGUGGCGGACUUUAACAAAAUGCGCCUGCUGAAUCCCACAAUCAUCAAUUUUAAGAUUCUGGCGGAUCACGGCCACGCCCACGAUUGGCGCUAUACGGUGGAGUAUACAGAGAGAUUAUCCCACUGGCCACACUGGCUGAACAAGGCUACGGCCAAGUAUAUUGUGACCAAGACGUUGCCGGGUGUCCAGCCACAGGAAUGGGCCAUAGAAUCGAAUCAUGAGACCUGCUUCUUUGGCGGCUUUUAUUGCUUGCAUUCAUACAGCGAUUUCCGUUUCGUCGCACGCGGCUCUGAUACCUACGCCAAUGAGAAGAUCGAGUAUCAGUGUCCACCACUUUUGGGCAGCGCCUGUCGACGGGAACUCGAGUUCCAGCGACGUGCCGUCAUGCACAAUCUGACGCACAUUUUAAAGAGAACAUAAUUCGUAAAUAACUAUAAAAAUAGUUCAUCAUAUUCCCCGUUUAGUAUAGUUUUAUAUCUGCAUGUAUUUCCGCAAUUAAAUGCUUUACAAUUUCA